AGAGUUUAUCUGUGAGAAAGAGAUUACUUGGGUAUCUAAUCUAUUCCAUAACCGUCUGGAUUGAGCGUGUUGUGAUGGCAGCAGGGUAACAGUUUGAAACCAGAAAGUAUGCUGGUUACAAUUUUCAUGAAUCCAUAAAUACCUGUCAGACACUGGGGAAGUGGUUUGAAGGACCUUUAAACACAACAACUGUCCAGACAGCUUGUGGGAGUGAGCUGAAAUCUUCAAUUUAUAGCACAAAAAAGUAAGAAAAAACAUAGUAAAAAUAAAUAAAUAAAUUAGUCAAAAUUCCCAGGCUAUUAUAUAAACACACCACCUAAAUUGUCAGUCACAAGCACCAACACACACGACUCGCCCAGUCGUACUCUCAUCACUCGCUCAUUAUUAAUACAGGAUUACAUUUAUUCUCAAUCCCAAACUCACACACACAGUCCACAGGCUCCUCACAGAAGUGCACACCCUUUCUGUCGAGGACCGUCAACGGUAGCAAGGCAGUCUGGUAGCCGUGUGCCGCCAGCUGGAGUCCGAGGAGUUUCACUCUCUUUGAAUGUCACAAGCUCAUAGAGACCUGCUGUUCAUCUGGCUGCUAACGGAGGUUUUACCAGGCAACGGGUGGAUUUCUGUCCGACAACAGUUCACUGAAGAUUUGUAAACCCCGUUUCAUGACGAUGUUUCCUUGGUCAGCUGUUUUCUCCCUUGAGCCCAAAGUGCCCGGCCAGCGCAGCUCUGAGGAGUUGGUGACCAAUACUCUGAUGUUAGAGCUGGAGGCCAUGGUGAAGCGCACUGAACGCAUCCGCUUGGAGUGGGCGACGGAGGGUCGCCGCCGCCGUCGCAGCUCCUCCACCGCCCCGACCCCACAGCCGUACGAGCUGACCCCCAGCGACCUGCUGGGCCUGCAGGACCUCUGCGUCAAGAUCCCCCCUGCACAGUGUGGCCCUCUGAUCGUCAGGUUCAGGAGGCUUGUGACGCAGAUGGAGCCGGAGGUUCACGAGGUCCUCCGGCUGUUUCGCUCGGUGCUACGCGACUGCAUGGACGAGGUGACCGGAAACGACGACAUGCAGACGGAGGACGCCGUCUAUGAGAAGCUACAGCGCAGCAAGAGUCUUCUGUCUUUUGUAAGCUUCCGCAGCAAGUUCCGCACAGGUCCGUUGUUCAGGGGCAGCAACACAAGAGGCUCCAGGGGGAACUUGCACCAGCAGGUAGAUUGGUCCGACGAGGAGGAUGCAGAAGGGGAGGAAGAGGCCAUCAAGGCCAGGGCGAGGAAGGGAAGGAGCAGGAGCAUGCCAGAGAUCAGCCCUAUGGAGCAGAGUGCCCCGGGGUGAGAGAGUCAGGGGAAAGACAAUGCAGAGAGGAUGGUGGGAUGGACCUAUGGAGAAGUUCGUUCUGAAAGGGGGAGAACAUGAGGAGUAAGAGAAGGAGGGACUGUAGAGAGAUGGGUCAGCUGAAUGCAAAUAAGGAGAGGAGAGUUUUUUUCUUUCUCUUGUUCCAAAUAUAUUUCAAAAGCAGAUAAGAGUGAGCUUAGGAGGAUUUCUUCCCUUUCAGCCAACCGGUCUAAUUGCUAUUGAACUUGAAGUCUUUUGUUUCCAAAAGCAUCGCCGUUUUGGCUUUAAGAUUCUGAAACAUGUGAUUAGCAUUUAAAUGUGCUGACAGCAACAAGACAAAGUGUCUCGUCAUGCGAGCAGCUCUGUGAGGCUGUACAGUUGUAUCUUUCCCAUGUUCACCAUCUUAGUUGAGCUAAUAUUUGCUAAUUUGCACUAAACACUACAGCAAAUGCCAACCUGCUGGUUGGCAAGAAGAGUGGUCAAAGGAUCAUUCAAAUCAUUAGGAUGCCUUGUCUGGGGACCAUAGACGUCUGUAAUCCAUGCUUUAGUUGUUGUAAUAUAGAUAUGAAUGGUCAUAAAGCCACAUCACUAGCAUGUAAUAACUCAAAUGUGCUGCAUGGGGUUUAGUUAAAUAGAAUAUUUUUGACUUGAAUUGCUGACCUUUACAUGCUUCAGGUAUCCUUAAAAUCAAAAAGCUGCUGAAUCAUAUCAUGAACUCUGAUCGCUCUUUUAAUGAAGUAUCGAAACUAAAAAUAUGCUAAAUCACAUCGUUUUUAACGUACGGGUACUUUGUUAGUAUCGCUACACCGUGUGCAGCGUGACAGCAGCAGAUGUAGCGGACUAACAUUCAAGCUAACCUAACUUCCCAAACGCUGUGGACAUCUGAACGCUGAUUGGCCGAGACGCGACACGUCCCAUCAAAGAUGUUCUAUUGCGAAGAGCACCACUCCACAUUUUCUCCGCGUCUCACUGUAAUCUCAACGGCAGCGGGCCAGGUGAAAAAAAUAAUAAAUCGGAACGCGUCUCUGGUAUUGUUCAGGGGGCCGGUCCAAAUGGGGAGGCGGGCCGGAUACGGCCCGCGGGUCGUAGUUUGGGGACCACUGAUCAAGCACAUCCUUGGAGGCAGGACAUAACUAGAAUCAUCUUUAAAAGAAAUUGUGAAUAUAUGUAUUUGGGGAUAUAAUCAGUGUCAUCAUUAUUUCUAUGCAGUUAUAACAUGUUUCCCCCCAUAAAGAUGUGGUCUUUGUUUAGAUACAGUUGUGUAGCAUUUGAGACUAACUGUGACUCUUGCAUGUUUGCCCAUUUAUAUCCGUCCACAUUUUUAAAGUCUAGAAGCCUUUUAAGAAAAGGAAUAAAAGCUACAAGGACCUUUAUCCCUUUCUUGUGGUUGAGAAGGUUACAUGUUUAUGUGAAAAUGUCUGGGGCCUGUAAAUAAAUAUUAGUAUAAGUGUC